UACUCCAGAAAGCGAACAAGCCUCACUUCAGAGCACGAAAGGAGCCGGCUGCCUCCCACCUUUACCAACAUGGCGGCGGCAGCCGGAAGUGGGGGAUCGGAAGAGGCGCGUGCCGGAUAUCCGGAAUCGCCAGCACGCUUCUCUUUCCUUUUCCAAAAUGGCCGGCGGGGGCGCCGCAAAGCGCGAUGCGGGCGAUUCGGGGUUCCUGGGGUUCCGCUCCGUUUCCGUGGACCCCGGGGCCGUGAGGCGGCGCAAACGCGGCCCACGGAACAAGAAGCGGGGCUGGCGGCGUCUGGCCGAGGAGCCGCUGGGGAAGGAGGUGGACACGUUCCUGGAGGACGUGCGGCUGCAAGAGCGUACGGCCGGGGGCCUGAUCGCGGAGACCCCCGAUGAAAACCUCUUCUUUGUGGACACGGGGCACAAGGAGAAAGACUUGAAGAUAAAUCAGGACCUGAAGAAGUCUUGGACGGACCAGGUUUUAGAGUCACAGUCCAAAGUACCUACUCCAAAGAACAUCCUCGCCCACCAGGUCCCCAACGGGAAGAAGCUGAAACGCAAACAGCGCUUGUGGGAGCACUUGGCUCAGCAGGGAAAGCUGCCCCGGGAGGUGCGGAAGGCCCAGGCCCGGCUGCGGCAGCCCCCAAAGCCGAAGACCAAGCCCUCUGACCCGGCGGAAACGUCGGGCCGGCCCUUCUACGACCUCUGGGCCGAGGACAAUCCUCUGGACCGCCCUCUGGUUGGACAGGACACUUUCUUCUUGGAACAGACGAAGAAGAAGGCAGUGAAGCGACCUCAGCGCCUACAGACCAAGCCCUCGCAGGCCCCGGCUGUGGAGGUGAUCCCUUCCGGAGGCUCUUACAAUCCUUCCUUCCAGGACCACCAGGCCCUGCUCCGGGAGGCCCACGAGGUGGAACUGCAGAGGCAGAAGGUGGAAGAGAAGCUCAGCCGUCAGCUCGCCUUCCCCACUGUGGACAAGGCCCCCACCGAGGAAUCAGAAUUCAAGGAGAUAUGUGAGGGGCUCCUGGAGGAGUCGGAUGGGGAGACCCCUGCAGAGCCUGAAGGAGAGGGGGAGGCAGAUUCCCAGACGCAGAGACCCCCAGGCCCUGAGAAGAAGACGGAGCAGCAGAGGAGGCGGGAGAAGGAGGCCCGCAAGCUGAAAGCUCAGCAGGCGGCCGAGCGGGCGGCCAAGAAGCGGCGCCAGGAGGUGUUCCAGCUCCGGGGCAUCAGGCUGCAGGUGGCGCAGCGGCUGGCAGAGCUGGCGCGGCGGCGAGAGAGGCGGAGACUGAAGCGGCUGGCGGAGGAUGAGAAACCUCGACGCCUGGGGCGGCUAAAGUACCAGGCUCCAGACAUUGACGUGCAGCUUAGCACCGAGCUGGCAGAUUCUUUGAGGAAGCUGAAGCCUGAGGGGAGCAUUCUGCGGGACCGAUUUAAGAGCUUCCAGCGCAGGAACAUGAUCGAGCCCAGGGAGAGAGCCAGGUUCAAGCGAAAAUAUAAGGUCAAGCUCGUGGAGAAGCGGUCCUUCCGGGAGUUCCCAUUGUAGCUGCAGCUCCUGGGAUGUCUGCUCUGCCUAGUCCCUCACGCGCCAUUAAAGUUCUUUGGUCUGUC